AGUAAUCUAGAGUAUUAAACACAAGGUAGGAUGGACAAUUCAUCCUGCGCCUUAAUGUGGAAAAUUAAUAGCGAUUAUGACACAUUUGUGAAACAUAACCUUGGAUAACAUUAGAUUAGCGAACAUCUUGUUUGGCUAGCCAGCUGUCCUGAACAUUUUGAAUCAUUUUACUGGCCAGCUAUUAAGAUAAUCACUUUAAGGAACCAUGUUAACACCUCGUCUCUUUAAUAACAUUUUUAAACAUUCGGAGAUAAUAUGUAGACAUGUUAAUACUUGGUCUCCUGUUGGAGCGGCUUUCAACACGCAGCAGAGGCGAGGUCGGGACCAAUUACAAAAUAAUGUGGGGCUUUUUGGUAAUCCACGGCUAAGUACUCGUCAUGGGCGGCUCGCCCAACUUCAAGCGCUCCGGGAAACGGAGCUCCUCGUCAACCGCGCUUGCACGCGUCCACCUGGCGCUCAGACAGUGGAGACGUUUGACCGGCUCUCUGACAGCUUGUGCGAAGUGGCAGAUUUGGCAGACUUCAUUAAAGUUGCACAUCCCGAUGCCGAAUUCCGCAAGGCAGCUGAAAAGACACGUAUUGAUAUUCGCACAGUUGUGGAAAAACUCAGCCCGAAUGUAGAACUUCAGAGCCUGAAGAAUCUGUUGGACAGUGAGGAUGUUUUGACCACGCUAGAUCCAGACACAAGGAGAGUUGCUGAACUGUUCAUGUUUGACUUUGAGAUCAGUGGAAUACAUUUGGAUGAAGCGAAGAGAAGUAAGGUUGUUAACCUGAACGUGAAGCUGCUGGAUCUGAGCUAUGAAUUCCUGCAGGCCUCACAUCAUCCACAGGCAAUAGAGAAGCGCUAUAUACCCGAACACAUUCGCCACUGCUUCUCAGUUGAUGGGGACUCUAUUCAGAUCGGUGGGCUGCAUGCUGAUUCUCCCAGUGAGCGGGUGCGGGAGGCAGCGUACAAAAUCUUUCUCUAUCCAAACCCUAGUCUGCUGCUUUGUUUGGAUGAACUUUUGGCUUGCACAUAUGAGCUUGCAAAGCUUGUGGGCUUUGAGUCAUUUGCACACAGAGCUUUGAAGGGAACGAUGGCAAACUCCCCAGAGACUGUGAUGAAGUUUCUAGAGCUGCUUACUGAGAAACUCUAAAACAGAACUGUCAGAGAUUUCAUGAUGAUGAAGGAUAUGAAGAUGAAAACCCAUUCAGUGAACUCUGAGGUAAUGCCACGGGAUCACCUUUACCUCAGUAAUGCAAUUCGAGCAGAAAUGUGCAACAUUGACCCAGCCCUAUACAGCCCCUACUUCUCUCUUGGAGUAUGCAUGGAGGGACUGAAUGCGCUUUUCCACCAGCUGCUCGGAGUCUCCUUCCAUGCUGAGGAACCACUGGCAGGAGAGGUGUGGAGUGAUGAUGUCAGAAAGCUAGCUGAACUUCAUGAGACAGAGGGGCUGCUAGGAUACAUUUACUGUGACUUCUUCCGCUGUCCUGACAAACCACCCCAGGUAAAGACUUGUUACUCUGCUUUUCAUAAGAGCCCACUCCUCAAAUUUCUUACAUGGACUCUAGCUUGGCAGGACUGCCACUUCACCAUCCGUGGCGGGCGGCUGAAGGAAGACGGGCAGUACCAGCUGCCUGUGGUGGUUUUGAUGCUAAGCCUGCCACCUCCUGCUGGCAGAGAGCCUCCUCUUCUACCCGUCAUGGUGGAGAACCUCUUCCAUGAGAUGGGCCAUGCCAUGCACUCCAUGCUGGGCCGGACUCGCUAUCAGCAUGUCACUGGCACCAGGUGUCCAGACUUUGCUGAAGUGCCAUCUAUUCUCAUGGAGUUCUUCGCCUCCGAUUAUCGUAUUAUGAGCCAGUUUGCUUGCUACUACCAGACAGGUGAGCCUCUUCCCGAGAGCAUGGUGUCCCGUCUAUGCCAGUCCAAGAGGGUGUGUGGGGCUGCUGACACUCAGCUACAGAUUUUCUAUGCUGCCUUAGACCAGGUGUAUCAUGACAAACCAAAAUGCACAACCACCACUGAAAUUCUAGAUAUGCAAGAGAGUUUUUAUGGACUACCAUAUGCUCCUAAUACGGCGUGGCAGCUGCGGUUCAGCCAUCUGGUUGGCUACGGUGCAAAGUACUACUCCUACUUCCUGUCCAGAGCUGUGGCCUCCAUGGUGUGGAGGCAGUGCUUCCUCAAAGACUCUUAACGGGUGAGGGGACCGACCUCCGCCACCACUACACCAAGUUCACCGCCUGCCUGCCUUAGGCCCGAGAUCGUUGCGCUUGUUUUACACAGCAUAUGUUGCUCUUUCAGAGCCAUGGGAGAGCAAUUCCGCAGAGAGAUGUUGGCUCAUGGUGGGAGCAAGGAGCCCAUGCUCAUGGUUGAAGGAAUGCUACAGAAGACCCCUACUAUUGAAGACUUUGUGGAAGCCCUAGUGUUGGACCUUGAUGAAUUUAAAUCCUGAAAUUCACUUCACUCCCCCUUCCUUCUGAGGAUUUCAUGCAGGAGACCAUUGUGUUAAAAAAAACAAACAAACAAAAAAACCCCCGACUGUUAAAGUUGUAUGAAACUAUUA